AUGUUCCUUGUGUUCUCUCUGAUGGCUGGGGCCUGGGGCUACCUGUGCUGGAAGGAGCGCCACAAUGUGCACAACAUCCACUACCUCAUGAUGGUCCUCAUCGUCUUCAGAGCUCUGACCUACCUUGCUGAGGCGGGCAUGCAGCACUACCUGCGUGUCACUGGCGACCCCUCUGGCUGGAACAUUGCUUUUUACAUCUUCACCUUCUUCCGUGGCAUUAUGUUCUUCACUGUGCUGGUCUUGAUCGGCACAGGCUGGUCAUACGUUAAGCCAUUCGUUGGCGAGAAGGAGAAGAAAAUCCUUGUGGUUGUAAUACCCCUGCAGGUGUUUGCCAACAUUGCCAUCAUCUUCUUGGACGAGGCCUCCCCUGUGCGGGUGUCUUGGUUUGAAUGGAAGGACAUGUUCCACCUGGUGGACAUCAUGUGCUGUUGUGCGAUCCUCUUCCCCAUUGUCUGGUCGAUCAAGCACUUGCGCGAGGGGGCAGAGACUGAUGGCAAGGCAGCUGUCAAUGUAGAGAAACUGACUCUCUUUCGCCAGUUCUACGUAAUGGUGGUGGUGUACAUCUACUUCACCCGGAUCAUAGUGUACCUGCUGCAGAACACACUGCCAUUCGAACACCACUGGAUGAGCAACGCAGCCAAGGAGAUUGCCACCCUCACGUUUUACUUGCUGGUGGGAAUGAAGUUCAGGCCACACAGUGAGAACAAAUACUUCAAGCUUGCGUCUGACGCUGCUGUUUGA